AAGAGUAACGCGAAGUUGGGAACGUAGCAAUUGAGAAAAUGGAAACCAUUUAUCUAAAUUUCUGAAUUAAAAAGGGAAAAAUCAGAAUCGAAAAUGUUCGGUGGUGGAUAGUCCGGUGGAAAUCUCAAGCAAAAUGGCAGCUACCAACCAAAUUUCUAUAACAACCAAGGCCAGCGAUAUAGUUUAAAUGAAUAGAUUCUAACCCUAAACCCAACAGAACAACGACGAGCAAGGGAAGGAAGUCAGAUGGCUCUGUAUCUGUCGACUUCACAUUUUCCCAAGACUGGGUCUUCCAAAUUACAGUCUUCUUAUUCCUCUUCUGUAUUCCGCUGCAAUGGCAGAGCUAGAAGCUCCAGCUUAAGCAUAUGCCACAGUAAUAAUAAAUUUGGCAUUGUGCGGAGCGAAUCAGAAUGGACAAGGAGAAGAAGACUUUCUUUAAGAGCGGCUUCUACAGGCGGAGGAGGUGGCGCGGGGAUUGGAAAUAACGGUGGCGGGGGAAGCGGAGGCGACGGAGAGGGCGAGGAGAAUGAGAAGAACAGGUCGGAGGCAAUGAUGGCGCUGGCGGUGAUGGGAAGGUCGCUGGACAGCAUUCCGUCAGAUUUGGCGACGGCUGUGAAGGCAGGGAGGGUUCCUGCCCCCAUCAUCAAUCGCUACCUUGAAUUGGAGAAGUCGUCGUUCUUUCGCUGGCUUCUGCAGUUCGGCGGAUUCAAGGAGAGAUUGCUAGCUGACGAUCUAUUUCUUGCAAAGGUUGCCAUGGAAUGCGGUGUUGGCAUCUUUACCAAGACAGCAGCAGAGCUAGAACGCCGAAGAGAAAAUUUCACAAAAGAGCUAGAUUUUGUCAUAGCAGAUGUGGUUAUGGCCAUAGUUGCAGAUUUUAUGCUUGUAUGGCUUCCUGCCCCUACUGUUUCCCUCCGUCCGGCACUUGCUCUUGAAGCUGGAAUGAUUAGCAAAUUCUUUUACAACUGUCCAGAUAAUGCUUUCCAGGUUGCUUUGAGAGGCACAUCUUAUUCCUUACUUCAACGAGUAGGAGCAAUUGUGCGCAAUGGAGCAAAGUUGUUCUGUGUGGGAACCUCAGCAUCCUUGAUUGGUACGGGAGCAACAAAUUUAUUGAUAAAUGCAAGAAAGGCAGUUGAUAAAGAAUUUGCUGGGGAAGCAGAAGAUGUGCCAGUAAUAUCCACAAGUGUAGCCUAUGGAGUAUAUAUGGCAGUUUCAAGCAACCUACGGUACCAAUUAUUGGCCGGUGUUAUUGAGCAAAGGAUUUUGGAACCUUUGUUUCAUAAACAGAAAUUGGUGCUAAGCAUGUUAUGCUUUGCUGUAAGAACAGGAAACACGUUCUUGGGCUCAUUAAUGUGGGUAGACUAUGCUCGUUGGACCGGAAUACAGAAGAUACGGGAGUAAAAUUGUUGUUUGAAAUAGAUUAUAAUUUGUUUUGUGAUCAAGAUUUGGAUGGAUAGUCCUCCAGUGCAUAUGGGGAGGCAUCAAUUAUUUUAAGUAGAGAUGGCACCAAAACUUAAAAUACACCUCCCAACAGUGUUUUUUGCAAUCAAUGAUUGUGUCCUAAACAUUUAGGAAAAUUAUUCUUUUUUAUAAUGAACAGAUCUACAUGGUCUUUUGAUUUU